UCGGUUCCAGUCGGGUUUCAGCCGCGCCGCCGAGAAUUACGUACGAGCUGCGGGAUCCGCGGAGUGACAAUUGGAAAUUUGAUCAACUAAGAUUUUGGCGGAAUCGAAAAUGCACGGAAGAUCGCCACUGAACAUCGUUGUAGCUCUCUUCCUCAUCGGCUGCCUGUGCCCAUCGUUGGCGGCGGUGAUCGGUCGCGCCGAUGAGUCAGGGGAGGGGAACAAAACGGCGUGGGAACUCACGGAAGCCCUAUAUGGAACUUCGGGGCUCCGGAGUUUCAAUGGCACAUGGAUAACAGAUGAGGAGUUCUAUUACACUGCUACCGACAGAUCUAUCCACAAGUUCAAUGCGGCCACUAAGGCAGACGUGAUCUUCCAAAACUCCUCAUUCUUGAACAACUAUGUGGGGGCAACGUUCUCACUUUCGCCCGAUAACUCGAAGAUCCUCAUCCGGCACAACCUCACGGAGAAGUUUCGGCACUCAUACAUAGCGCAGUACGACGUGUUCGACAUUGAGAGCAACACAACCGUCCAAAUCCACAAGGGCGAGAAGCUGCAGUACUGCGGAUGGUCGCCUCUGCGGGAUCGGUUGGCCUACGUCUACCUCAACAAUGUGUUCAUCCACUUCAGUGAGAGCAGUGAGAUCGCCAUAACGGACGACGGCGUGGACGGGGUGGUAUACAACGGAGUGCCCGACUGGGUUUACGAGGAGGAGGUGCUGAGCAGUGGAAGCGCCCUCUGGUGGUCGCCGGACGGAACCAAGCUGGCGGUGGGCUUUUUUGACGACACCGAUGUGGAGACCUUUAACUAUUUCCUUUACGGUGAUGGGGACACAACCUUCUAUCAGUAUCCGCACGAGGAGCAGCUCAAGUAUCCGAAAUCAGGCUCCAAGAACCCACUGGUGAACCUUAGGGUGUAUGACGUGAGCGAAAGCGAGCACGCCAUGUAUAGUAUCGUGGCGCCCGUGGAUGUUGUUGGAAGCGAUCACAUCCUGCAGAAUGUUGUCUGGUCCAACGAGACACACCUACUUAUCACCUGGAUGAAUCGCCGCCAGAACCUUUCCUCAAUUCAGAGCUGCAGCAACCUGGGCGCCUGUGUGGAGGUUAAGAGGCUGGAGGAGCCCCGCGGCUGGGUGGACAUAAGCACGCCCAAAUGCCUUAGCAGCGGCAAGAGUUGCAUCUUCAGCUACUUCAUUGACAACUGGCAGCAAGUGUGGAACCUAGACCUGGAGACAGGGCUCAACAGUUGGCAGUCGCGCGGAAACUUCACAGUUUUGACCGUCUAUGGAUAUGAUGAAGCGAGGGACAAACUGUACUACCAGGCCACUCAGGCCGGAGAUCCUUCCGUGUACCAUGUGUUCAGCAACGACGAGUGCCUUAGCUGCAGCCAAGUCGAUGUGGAUGGGGACGCAUGCCGCUCCGCCUCGGCCACCUUCAGCAAAUCCUUCUCUUACUACACGCUCUCCUGCAAUGGACCCAAUCCGACAUACACGCGGAUCUUUGAAGCCACCACCAAAACGCUCCAAGUCGAAUGGGAGCCAAACACAGCGUAUCGCCAGCAAUUGGCGCAGAAGCAGCGCCCCACAUAUCGCUUUUUGAAUGUCACUUUGGCCGACGGGAGUCAUGGAUUCGCCAAGCUCGCCCUUCCGCCCAACUUCGAUGAGGCCAAGAAGUACCCGCUGAUCGUGGUGGUGUACCAGGGACCCAACUCGGUAAGGGUAACAAAUGGGUUUACGCUGGGAUACGAGGCGUUUGUCACGACUUCUAGGGAGACUAUUUAUGCGUACAUCGACGGCCGGGGCACGGGAAACAAGGGGAAGGACCUGCUCUUCUCAGUCAAUAAUGAUCUGGGCGAUCACGAGGUCGAGGAUCAACUGUUUGUCACCCGUUGGAUGCAGCAAAAUCUGCCCUACGUAGAUGCGGAGCGCUGCGGCAUUUGGGGAUGGAGCUAUGGUGGUUAUAUGACAGCUAAGACCAUAGAAAAGGAUGACGAUCGGAUCUUCCAGUGCGGAGUGUCGGUGGCCCCAGUCACCUCAUGGCUGUACUAUGAUACCAUUUACACCGAGCGCUAUAUGGGACUUCCCACUGAGGAUGACAAUUUGCAGAAAUACAACGAGAGCAGCGUGUUUGGAAAUCUGGAAAACUUUAAAACUCAUGACUUCCUGUUGGUCCAUGGCUCCGGUGAUGACAAUGUCCACUACCAGCAUUCUCUUUUGCUGGGCAAGUUGCUUCAAAGGCAGGAUAUUCAGUUUGAGGAGCAGACUUACACCGAUGAGAACCACGGAAUCGGGAACGCGCUGCCCCACUUGUACCAUACCAUCGACGCCUUCUGGAUAAAUUGCCUUAAUCUAGAAGUCUACGAAGACUCGGUGUAGUAAGGCCACAGGCCACAUUCUAGUCAAACAUACGUAUUUGAAACUUUGUUUAUGUAUUUUUUAUUCACUUUCUAUUAAAGCUGUCAACUAUAUAAUG